CAAAAGGAGGAGAACACUUCUAUCUUUGCAUGAAAAUUAUACUUCUACAAAAGUGGAAUUCAAAAAAUGAAUUAUUUAAGUUCUUUAUUUACUUCACUUGUUCUUUUUAUUGUGUUACUCUAUGUGGUGAAAGGCAAACCACUAGUUCCUGCAUUAUUCAUUUUCGGAGACUCUCUUGUUGAUGUUGGCAAUAACAAUAAUUUACCUACUGCUAUUAAAGCAAACUUCCUUCCAUAUGGAAGGGAUUUUGUAAAUCACUAUCCAAGUGGAAGAUUCUCCAAUGGAAAGCUUACAAUAGAUUUUGCAUCCGAACUCUUUGGAUUUAACUCUUACACCCCAGCUUACCUAAAUUUAAUUACCAAAGGGGACGACAACCUUUUGAAUGGUGCCAACUUUGCCUCUUCUGCUACUGGUUACCACUACUCCACAGUUGCACAAUAUAAUGCCCUUUCAUUAAGCAAACAACUAGAAUUCUACAAGGAUUACCAGAAGGAAUUGGAGAAAAUAGUUGGUCAGUCAAAUGCAUCAUCAAUUAUAUCUGGUUCAGUAUAUUUUGUUGUUGCUGGGAGUGGUGAUUUUGUACAAAAUUAUUUCAUAAGUCCAAUCCUCCGCACUAUUUAUACACCUGAUCAAUUCUCAGACAUUCUUAUACAAUGUUAUUUCAAAUUCAUUCAGAAUUUAUAUGCACUUGGAGCAAGGAAGAUUGGUGUAUCAACUUUACCUCCCGUAGGUUGCGUACCUAUAAUCAUCACUCUUUUUGACUCUCAGAACAACCAAUGUGUUGAAAAAUUAAAUAAUAUUGCCAUUGAGUUUAAUAAAAAACUUAUCUUAACUUCUGAGAAUUUGCUAAAAAAGCUUCCUGGCCUGAGAUUGGUGUUGCUUGAUAUCUACACACCAUUAUAUGAGCUUGUCACAAGACCUUCACAUUAUGGAUUUUUUGAAGCAAGGAGGGCGUGUUGUGGGGCAGGUUGGCUAGAAGUUGGCCCAUUGUGCAAUUCAUUUUCCAUAGGAACUUGUGCUAAUGCAUCAGAAUAUGUAUUUUGGGAUAGUUUUCAUGCCACACAAGCUACAUACAAGUUUUUGAUAGAGAGUUUAAAUUCAAGUAUCACCUCCCUUAUAUAAUAUUUGCUGUAUGAAUUUCUAAAAUUUCUGAUGAGCAUAAAUUGUUGGUUCAGGGUUCCUUCUCGGAUAGCAAUAUUUCUUUCUAUUUUCUCA